AUGGCCUCCCGUGUCUUCGCCUCCCGCCUGGCCUCCCAGAUGGCCACCAAGGCUGCUCGCCCUGCCAUGCGUGCUCCUCUCGCCGCUGCCAAGCGCACCAUCACCACUGGCAGCCCCAUGCAGGCCAUGAAGCGCCAGACCAUCCAGGCUGCUGGCCGCAACGCCUUCCAGGCUCAGCGCCGCGCCUACUCUUCCGAGAUCGCCCAGGCCAUGGUUGAGGUCUCCAAGAACUUGGGUAUGGGUUCUUCUGCCAUCGGUCUGACCGGUGCUGGUGUUGGUAUCGGUGUCGUUUUCGCUGCCCUCAUCAACGGUGUUGCCCGCAACCCCGCUCUCCGUGGCCAGCUCUUCUCCUACGCCAUUCUGGGUUUCGCUUUCGUUGAGGCUAUCGCUCUUUUCGACCUCAUGAUUGCCCUGAUGGCCAAACCUAAAUUGCCUCUCGAGAGAUUGGAAAAGCUCCGGCCAGUGGAUGGAGCAAUUAAUAUAAGGGGACGACGUUGGACCGUCCGCCACUUGGAGUUUGAUGGUUUGUCAAAUGCAAUUGGGGUGCCAACGUGCACAUAA